UAGCCUUUACCGGAAAAUUCAUGAAACCAAACACUGUUUAGCUUCUGGUGCAUCUUAUGAUAAAUUAAAGUUACUUUAUUCUUUAUUACUUUCAUUGUUUUUUUAUUAAAAUGUUUCCAAUAAGUCAUAAAACGGUGAUUGUGUUGGACAAUAGCUACCGAUUUUUGUCAACUUCAUGUGGUCAACCUCUAGACUAUGAUGUUUGCCAUAAGAUGAAAGGAGGAACACCUAGUGGUAUCAUUCCUUUGGCUCCUCUAGCUAAAUCUUUGUGGACUUCUUCUGUUGAAGCUAUUCAAGAAUACUCCAGAAUAGUUUAUGAUGUUUUUCCUGGUGGCGAACGACUCCUAUCUCUUGUUACCUGUGAUGAAAUUGGCUUCAAAAUUGCCAUGGGAUGGAAUAAUGAACAACAGAAUUUAUCUAACCUCAAUGCGUGUUUUGCUCGAAGUAGUUAUAAUACCAGAUCACGAGCCAGCUCUUUUCCUAUGGGUGAAUGUUUCGGUACAGAUGACAGUACACUUGUAAAUGGUGUUAAAGCUGCUCUUGAAGCUUUAGGAACACCAACGGUCACACAAACUCAGAUGAGAAAGAAAAGCUCUCGAGUUGCCAAUUCUGGUCGAGUAAUGUUGAUAGCGUACUUAAAAAAUGAGAAUCAGCUAAAAAUGGUUACUGAAUUUAUGGGUGAUUGUCUUAGCAAGUAUAACAUAGCCAUGAGAGAAAAGGACGACCCUAACAGAUUACCGAUAAAUGAAUGCCAUCUUACAAUAGUCAAUGUUUAUCCUGUUGGAGAUUUGAGUCCAUCCAGCCAAAUCAGAGAAAUAGCUAAUUAUUACGUUUCGCCUACACUUUCAUGCGAAAUUCAUUCAUCUAGAGGUGGAACAAUGUUCGCUUUAAAACUUCUCUCUCUUGUUCAAAGCCAUUAUCAUUUAGCGUCAACUACAGUUACCGGAAUUCCAAUGAAAGAAGAACAAAAUGCUAGCUCAUCAGCUAAUUAUGACGUUGAAAUUGUUCACCCAGCUGAUGCUCAUGUAAACCUUCCUAAAAUUGCAACUGGUGCUGGUGGAGGAGAUGGUUCUUGUAAUCGCAUUCCCAAAGAAGAUACUAACUACGAAACUAUACCCCUAAAAUGGUGCACACCGCGAACAACGUCCGUUGAACUUCAUCAUUGUUCUAGUGCAUAUAGAAUUUCUCCAGUUGAUGUUAAUAGCCGCCCUUCAUCUUGCUUAACUAAUUUUCUUUUGAGUGGAAGAACUGUUAUGCUCGAAAUGACCAAACUCAAAGGAUCAAAAGUCAUGUCACAUAUGUUGUCAAGUCACAAUGGAGAACUUUAUAUUCAUACUUUAUAUACUGGUAGAUCAUUGCUAGAGGAUCCUCCUUCUAUCAGCGAAGGAAUCGGUGGCCGAAUAACAGAUUAUCGUAUCAAUGAUUUCGGGGAAUUGAUGAAAAGGAUAAAACUAUCUCCUAUCAAACCCUCAUUGAUUUCUGUAGAGAAAACUAUUAGCCCUAUUGAUAGAGCAAUCGGAUUUUUAACAAGACAAACGCUGUAUUGGCCGAUUGUAUUAGGUCAUUCUAUCAUGUUCAAUUUACAGCUGCACAUUGCUCCUCUCAUAAAUUUAAUACCUAAAGAUUCACUUUCUGUUGAAGAUGUAAAUGAAUGUAAAAACGCAAUCUAUCAAAUUGUAAAAAUGGAAAGCAAAGGUACAUCACUCGUUUUGCCAUGUGUUGCCAAUCGAGGUAAAGGUCCCAAGAAAGAAGAGUUGUAUAAAUUACUUUGGAAGGAAUUGGAUCAUUACAUUGAAAUUCAUGCAUCUACUCCUCAGCAUAAAGAAAUCCUUUCAACACUUCGAGAUCUCCACGUCACAGCAACUUCAGAUACUAAUCAAGUCGUUAAAAAUGAACCAAUGUCACCUGAUCGUGCAAACAGUCCAAAUGGCGAUAAACCUGCUACUAGUUCCGUUAUCAUUCCACCACUCCAAGUACCUUCAUCAUCGUCAUCAAUGCCAACAUUUACUUCUAACAUCAAAGAUGAAGCUUUAAUGGCAUGGAAAGAAUUGGAUUCUUAUAAUAAUAUGACCGAAAGAGAGAAACGCGAGCUUGAUGAGAAAAAUAAACCACCCGCAAAAAGACUGCGAAUUCCUGAUAUUCAAAGUCCCUCGGACUCAAACUCGUCUGUAUCAUUGGCUGAUGGCAGAAUCAAUGGCACUGCAAUGGACGCGAAAAUGGCCAAUGGAUCAACAUCUAAUCAAAACUUGUUAUCUUUAUGGGUUAACCAAUUGAAUCUUAAAUAUCGUAAAAGACCAGAUUUUGAAGGGAGAGCAUUUAAAAUAGCUCCUCUUUAUAUUAAUCUCAAUCAACCUAUUGAAUAAAUUAUUUUAUGUUCUUAAAAAUCA